ACAACGUGCGAAUAGUAACUUCCACCUUUCACUUGCUUGGUGCAUGCCGCAAAUUUCAAAACAAAAACCCUGUCCAGAACAGAUUGUGGAGGGUUUCCUCGCCUAGUUUUGUGUAUUUCUGUGUGUAAACUUACUCACCGUCGUCAAUGAAAUUAUUUGUUGGGCUUGGUGCAUGUUGCUCAUAAUUCAUGGUUCAUGUGGCUCCAAAAAGAAAUGAAUCGAGGGGUUAAGUGUCUGAGAUCUUGAAUGACAUUGAAAAUUUUUCAACAUAAUUUGUAAGAGAUGGCAACUAGUGAGUCCCCAUCUGCCAAAAUUCGGCAUCAAAUGCGAAAAGAGUCUGAGGAAGACAGGUUGUAUCAGAGAAGUAAGACUGUCAAUCGAUUAAGAAAAAAUUUGAGAGAGACUGAAGAGGAUUUGAAGUCUCAAAAUGUGUUUACACUUGAAGAGUUGGCUGCAGUCACUGCAAAAAUCAAGCAUGCAAGUCAAACUUCGCUUCUCGACCUUCGGACUUUAAAACAAGCUCUUUUCAAUCCCAUGAAUGCAGUUCAUUUUUUGAAAAUAACUGGCUCACUUCAAGCACUGGUUGGUCACUUGACAGGAAGAAAAGCCCUUCACCAGUUGGAAGCCGCAUAUAUUUGUUGUAAUUUAGCCACAGCGAAUGAACAUUCAUGUGAUGCUGUUGCCAACUCUGCUGGCCCUUAUUUAAUACAAUAUCUUGACUGUCAAAACAUCUCUCUUCAAGUUGCAUGUUUAUGGACACUAGGAAAUUUAUCAAGUGGCUCCAGCAAGAGCUUUGGUAUUCUACAAGCCCAAGGCCUCUCAAAUUGUCUGAUAAACUGUCUUCGAAAUCCUCAUUCAGAAGUUAUUGAGGCUGCUGUCUAUGCUCUUUGUCUCAUGCUGAAGUCAUGUGAAUUUUCAAGUGACCAAAGGAAGGAAAUAGCAUCUCUUGCUGUAGGACUCAAGUGUUGUAAAGAAGAUGUUGAUUGGCUCCUUUACUUGUUGUCCUGUAAUUCAGAUUGUGAUCAGAUUUUCUUAGAAAAUUUGAUUCCUCAGAGAUGUAUAAUAACCCUGGCUGGAUUGGCUCGGGAUGCUCCCAUAAACCUGGACACCCUCUCAGCAUUGCGUUCAGUCACAGCAUUAGUUCGAACCUCUGCAAAUUUAUGUAGUGAAGAGAGUGGGAAGGCAGCCUUGAUGAUUCUUGCCCAUGAUUCUUUCCCCAACAUAUUUAAUAACCUCCUCCAAGCGAGUCAUCCGCACUUACGAGAAGAAGCACAGUGGCUGGGUCUAACUUUAUUGCGUCAUUCUUCCCCAGAAAUAUCCCAAAAGACCUGUAUUUUAGGUCUUGAUAAAUUAAUGAAUGCCAACGAUCAUCCAUGUUAAGGGAUUGGACAAAAAGAAUUUUAAACAGAGACCAUAUAUUUGCUUUAAUAAAUCUUUAAUAAAACAAAACAAAA